AUGCCUAAGGACUACAAUAGUGGAGCGGUCUUUUGGUCACCGAAUAAGGUUCAGGAGGCACGGGACCAACUAGCUAAGAAAGAGGCUGAGGAAGAGGCUCUACGCCUUCAAAAAGAUGAGAAGAUCAAGGCAAGAGAGGCCAAGAAGGCUGAAAAGGCAUGUAUGCUUGAGGAAAGAUGGCGUACAAAGGCUGCUACGAAGGAGCUUCGGCUACAGGAGCAGCAGUUGAAAAAGGCCCAACGUGAGGAGGCAAAAAUCGCUCGGCAAGUUGAUGAACAGCUUAAAAAUGAUAUUAAAAAGGUGAAGAAAGGCAAGCAGAAGGUUAUUGCGUCUAUAACAAUUGAUCAAGAGGAUGUUGUUGAUGAUCAAGCAUCAGAUGUUGAUAAGGAGCCCUCAUUAACGCGAUCACGAUCUGGUAGGCAAAUCCACCUCCCACAGAGGUUUUGCAUGUAG